UCAAGGUUGGGUUCAUUAACAACGACGAUGGGAUUAACUUAUUGUUUGCAGCUUACUAUUACACAAAGGCACUUAGUUCUUUGGACUAUUCUCUAGUCAGUAUUAUUUAUUUAAAUGCAGAAAACAAACGCCAGUUAGGCAUAAAACCUUGAUGUACUCUCUUCGUUUGUUGCCCGGUUAUGGCAAUAAGCGAUUUGUUUGCUUCUUUAUUUAUUCAAAAAUGCCUACUGUAUUGCGUCUAUAAAUGGCAGUAUAACAACGUGUAAAGUAUGCAAGCAUGUAAACAUGUGAAUUGUAUUUUCCAAUCAUGUUUAUAACAUUUUAUUUGAGUUGUGUUCAAUGUUAAGUAUUUGGAAGUUAUAUUUGAGAUACGCAUCAAUUAUAAUCAUGUAAUUAUUGUAGCAAAAACAAUGUUCUGUAUGUGUUUGUUUAUAUGUUUCAGGCAUUUUCAUAUUUAUAAAUAAGAACCGUUUCUAUGUAAAUUUGGAUUCAUUCGAAAUAAAAUUAAACCUCAUAUUUUAAACAUUAAUAAUUCUAAGUUUUGUUUUUAAGCAAAACAAUACAACGAAAAUGUUUGUUCAUUACAAGUUGAAACGAUUAGCGGUUAUCAUUACAGUGUUUUGUGUCGUAACAAUGAUAUAUAGAUAUGUAUACAACAAUAUAAUUAACAUAAAUGGAAACAGAUUACAUUCAUCAAGAUUAUUUCUUGGCGGAGAUGCAAACAUAUCUUCUUCGAGCGCAAUCACAACGGACAAGAAGAUCAGAAAAUGGAUAUGGUAUUCAAACUUUAAUUUUACUUCAAAGGCAUUGCCAGAUGUUUCUGCGGAUUCUGCAUUUGAUGCAAUGAGUAUCAAACCAAUACAUUUUGACGAAAGGUUCAAGAAUCCGUGCUGGAAGGGCCAAGACAACUUUGAGCUGUUAAACGAAGAGAAUGUCUAUUGUUUACCUUAUUUCUAUCUCAUAGGUGUCAAGAAAAGUGGUACGACAGAUUUAUUUAACAAAAUUUCAAGACAUCCAGAUUUCUGUAAACCUUCCUUUUCAAAAGAAUGCCAGUGGAUUUCUAGCAUGCGGUUUAAUGCACCAAACUACGUGCCUAAAAUGAAGAAAAUCGAAAAGGAUAUAAAGAGAAAGGGCAUUGAUGUUAAGAAUAUUGAAUUCUAUGUGUCAAUGUUUGAUUCUGCGGCUUCUUGUAUCACAAGGAACAAAUCAUCAACAGUAUUUAAUAAAGUAACAGCUGACUCGAGUGUAGCGACAUUAUAUUCACAUACAAGUUGGGAGCAGCUUAAAGUUAACAUGAAUUUAGAUGAGCCUCGUUAUACCAACUUUCAUUUGAUAAAGCAGCUGACACCGCAGGCUAAACUUAUAAUCAUAUUUAGAGAUCCUACCAAAAGACUGUAUUCAGACUUCCUUCAUAAUACAAGAGGGAGGUACAAGAAUAUGUCACCAGAAAUCUUCCACAAACAAGUACAAGUUGUGAUAGCUGCAUAUCAAAAUUGUUUUAAAAGUUUUACACAAAGAAGUUGCAUUUACAAUAAUACUAUGAGACAAGACCUUUUGGCGGUAUCCUUUACAUAUUCAUAAUAUUUGUUUAAAUGAUAAUUGUUAUAAAGCUAAAUUCACUCUUAACUGACAAGACAAUAAUCCUCAUCACUACUUUUCCUUUAAAAUAUGCUUGAUACAUAUUUUUAAAACCGCUUCUUGGGUUUCCUUUAGUGACGUUGAAAAUGUGUGUUCUUACCUUAUAAAUUAAUGUCUACAUUAUAUAUCAUGCAAAAUUGAAGUUAUUUAUUUAGUUCCGCCCAUUGUUUUCUCGUUUAGGGCACACGCAUGCUUUUACUUGGGGACCAUAUGCCGCUUUCACUGGAAUGGCACUUACGUGUCACAUUUAAGGUUCCAUGAAAACCGCCAUAUGAAUACAUCUGCGGAUGUUUCAAAAUUCAAAAUUGUACCAGUUCAUAGUAAAUGUUGAAUUCUGCUUAAGCCGUUGCUAGGGGGCGUGGACGGUAGUUUGCACUUGACAGUACCGUUCAUGAACAGGGUCAAUCAUACCGAGCCUGCAACAUUUUUAAUUUUGCCGUGUUGGGCUUUCUUUAGGGGUUCUAAUUUUCUCUAUUAUAUCGCCACAUCAGCGUUGUUUGUCUCGUAUGGAGG